AUGGCUCAGAGCGGGAGCGACUCUCUUUCGACGAGCCAGAUCAAGGACUGGCGGUCCAUCAUCACGCUGAUCGUCUUUGUUCUCACAAACAUCAAUGUUCUGUGUCCGUUUCACAUUCCCAUCUAUAUACCCCGGAAGCUGUCAGAUCUCUUCCUAGAUGCUCUUGGAGCCCUGAGAAUUAUUCCUAAACGGCAGUAUCGCCCUCCGCUGGUUGAAGACGACGACAACGGCAAAAUCAAGCCAUGGGUGCGGCUCAACUUUCCCAUGAACUUUGUUACAGCACCUCUCAUCGCAGAUUUAUUCCUACUGGCUAUCCUAGCUAUCGGCAGACAAGAAGUACACGAUGGCAUAGUCGGCGCAGAUAACAUUUCGCCAAUCGACAUCAUGGCCUUCUUCAUCACCUUGGCCUACAUCGCCAUAUCAAUCGACGCAUCUGGCCUCAUCCGAUACCUGGCAUUCAAAGUACUUCAAUGGGGAGGCGAAGUUGGACAUCGACUGUUCUUCUACCUCUAUGCAUUCUUUUUCCUUUUGGGCAGUUUCAUUGGCAAUGACCCCAUCAUUUUGUCGGGAACUGCGUUUUUGGCUUACAUGACUCGAGUCUCGAGCAACAUUGUCCAUCCAAGAGCAUGGAUUCAUACUCAAUUUGCCAUUGCCAAUAUCGCAUCUGCCAUUUUGGUUUCUUCUAACCCAACGAAUCUCGUCCUUGCAGGAGCUUUCAACAUCAAAUUCAUCCACUAUACCGCCAACAUGAUUGUCCCCGUCGUCGCUACCGCCAUUGUGUUAUUCCCGUUUCUGCUAUACAUCGUCUUUGCAAAUGAGGAUCUCAUUCCGUAUUCCAUCAAGAUGCACGAGCUUCCAGAAGAAGUCAAAGCCAAGAAACCCGUGAACCCCAAUAUCCCUCACGCAAGAGGCCAUGUUGAUGGAGAUGAGUCCGAUCUCGCCAAUAACGAAGAAGGGAAACUGCUGUCACUUGAAGAAAUCAUGAACCCCUUUUUGGAUAAAGGUGGAGCCGCGUUCGGCGCUGUUAUUAUGGCUGCAACUUUGGUCACCGUCUUGGCAAUCAACGCUGCAAGCGCCAAAAGCGGCGCCCAUCCUGUGUUUUGGGUCACUCUGCCGGCAGCCUUUGUCAUGUUCUGCUGGGAUAUUGGUUUUGGAUGGUACCACCGGAAAGAAACUAGAGACAUUGCGAGAAAGGGUAGGGAAGAAUUCGAAAUUGCGCGCGCCGAGAGAAUCUUCCAACAAGCAGAAGAGGCGAGGCAGUCUUCCGCUGCCAAUGGCGGACUACGACUAGAGGCUGACUCGUCAUCUCCAAAAUUUGAAGCAAAAGACGCACAGCUCCAAGAUUCAGAUGGUGUUUACGAAUUAAAUAAUACCAGUCCGCCAAGUUCACACGCAGCCGACGGGAAAACGAUACUAAACCCACCUGUCCACGCUGAGGGACACGCUCCGACUCCCGCGAUUCUCCUGGUUGAAGGCACUGACGAUCGUGCCCUUGCUGCAAUGUCAUCGACCGCUAUGGAGUGCUCAAUGCCAGCGCCUAAUGGUUAUACGGAGAAACAGGAGAAAGGCAAUACGACAAGUGAGGUUAACUCGCUUGAAGAAAAGAGCAUUCUAAAUCGAACUGGCUCUGGUUCUCCCCCACAAGCUCUUUUUGUGCCUCAAUCAGAUGAAGAUUUAGAAAGGAGACGUCGAAGCUCGCUGGCAUCUAUGCAAUGGCCCCGUGGGCCAGCCACCCUCAUGUCCCUUGGCCAAGAUACACUCAGAUGGUGCCAAGAGACAUUUCCCACGGCUGCUGCCGUUGUUCUUCAUUUACCAUUUGCACUAGUCCCAUUCGCCUUCUGCAUGUUUAUCCUUGUACAAGGGCUGGUAACAAAAGGCUGGGUGCCGGUCUUUGCUUAUGGGUGGGAUCACUGGGUGAAUAAAACUGGGACAAUCGGCGCCAUUGGGGGAAUGGCCUUCCUUUCUGUUAUUCUAUCCAACUUUGCAGGGACAAACAUUGGGACUACGAUACUGCUAUGCCGGAUCAUCCAAAAGUGGCAAGAGAUCCAUGUAGUGAAUGGUGUUCCCAUUAGCGACAGAACCUUUUGGGCUACUGUAUACAGCAUGGCCCUCGGCGUUAACUACGGUGCAUUCAGUGUUGCGUUCAGCGCCUCGCUGGCCGGCCUACUUUGGCGCGAUAUCCUCGCUAGAAAGCAUAUUCGCGUAAGAAGUCUUGACUUUGCGCGCGUCAAUCUUCCCAUCAUUUCCAUUGCCAUGAUUGUCGGAUGUGUAGUCCUUGUGGGCGAGGUAUAUAUUGUCAGGAAAGACACACCUUACACAAUGUAG